CUCCAGCGGUGCUGCUGUCCAAGCUGCAAACGGCAUUGUGCGGAAGGAGAAGAUGUGGGAUGUGGUGGGAAAAGACAAAUGGAAAAUCAACAACAGCAUGGACAGGCAAUACGAGCCACGCCCAGCUAAUGCUAUUGUGGAGGAUGCUAAAGCGUUGGUGGGCAAAGAACUGCGAUACGACCUUGUCUCAUUUAACUGUGAGCACUUUGUCACAAAGCUGCGGUACGGUGUGGCCGAAUCACCGCAGGUGGAACUCGCAGAACUCUUUGUCAUGGGUGGUGUACGCAUCCUCGCUCAGGCUAUACGUGACACUGUGGCACAUAGAAAUUGACUUAGCUCAUUUUGACUUCACCUGCUGAUCCUGAUUCCUGCUGUUCAUUUAUUUUAAACAAAUCAUUUUGAACAGUCUGGAGCUGCUGUUUUACACAAACACACACACAUAGCUGUCAGCUGUUCCUGUUAGGACCGCGCUCUUCUGAUCUCCGCUGUUGUUCCCGGGAUCUGCUGGAGCCAUAACUUGGGAGUCACCGCA